AUGUCGGAAGCAAACAAGAACAGAACGCUUAUAGCCGUGAUCGGAGACGAAGACACGAUCACAGGAAUGUUGCUGGCAGGUAUUGGUCAGAUAUCCUCGGAGGUGGGCAAGGAAAAGAAUUUUUUGGUGGUGGAUGCGAAGACCAAGGAUGAAGAUAUCGAGGAGACUUUCGUGACAUAUACCGAGAAGAGAGACGAUAUCGCCAUUUUGCUGAUCAAUCAGCAUGUUGCUGACAAGAUAAGAUUCAGAGUUGACACGUUUACGCAAGCAUUUCCGGCAAUUUUGGAGAUACCAUCCAAGGAGCAUCCCUACGAUCCUGAGAAGGACUCCGUAUUGAGGAGGGUAAGAAGGUUGUUUGGGGAAUAA